AUGCAGCUCUCUUCGAGGAGAAGCGGUACUUUCCUACUCGCCGUUCUCUGCGCGACAUGGAUGGCUUCCGCUGCUUCCGUUCAGGUGGCACGCAGCAACAUCGAUGCAGAGCUUACCUCUAAUCAGCUUUCUUCUCGGUCAUCGGCAAAUGUGGACACUCCUACCAGCCGGAUCGUCACGAGACACGGAGACCACGAAGAUGGUGAAGAGCAAGAUGCACAAGACGAACAUGAGCACGAGCACGAGCAUGACUUGACUCACGAGAUGACCAUGCCGGUGCAUCCCUACCAGUUUGUCGAGGCUCACGACGAGGAUCACGAACACAUGCCCCAAGCUGCUCAUAUGGACUCGCCGCACCAGCACGAAGACGAGCACGAACAUGAACACGCCCAUGGCCAUGGCCACAGCCACGGUCACGACGAUAUGCAAGCUACAGGUCCCUCGCCCGCAUCCAUCCCUGAUGCCACAGUUGCCGGCACCGAGCUGCGAGACCUUCCAGUGUGGCACGCACACAAAGGGCACGGUCACUCGCACGGUUCCGGCCCCGCCCUCGAGAAGCUCAAUGAGACGAGCCUCUUCCGUGCACACGGUCCGGAUCCGCUCAGCUACCUCGAAUGGGACUUUGGCUUCGGUCUCGGCUCGGCUUCUGAGCUUCGACGCUUCACCACCAACGCCGAUGUACUCGCCGGAAAGCCAAAGAUGGGCGUCGUAGAUGGACGAUGGAGGAAGUUUCUGGACGAGCAGGACUCUGAACAGCGGCAAAGUAUUGCUGCCGACAUUGCCUCGCGUCUGCCUGAGGGACAGGACCAAGAACCCAGCCGUCAUCGCGGCCUGCUGGUGCUUCACGUUGUGACUGCCGUGCUUAGCUGCUUUGUGCUGCUUCCCAUGGCGCUCGUGCUUCGUGCCGCUCACUCGACGCUGGCUCCAUUCGUCUCGCUGCUCUACCUGGCGAUGCUAGGUGGAUCCAUGUUCCUCUCUAUCCUCUACAAGGCGCUAACUCCUCGCCUCUAUCCAGGUAACGCGCACGGUUCCAUGGGCUGGGCCAUCCUGUGGAUCUCGCUCGCCACCCUUGGAGGCGACGUCUUCCGUCUCAUCGCUCAAAUCUGGUCGGCUGUUUCCGCUCUGAGGUCGCAGAAGCAAUCAGUUAACAGUGCAUGGCUUCCUACCAACAGCGCGGAGUUCAGCAAUGGCACACAUCGAUCGUGGAGGGAUGUAUUUGGCACUGUGCUCGGCCGUCAACAGCGCCCCGCGCAGAACAGCGAGACGUACGAUGCACUGGAAGAACAUGCAAUGCUGUCGGAAGAGGCGCAGAGCGACGCCCAGGAGCUCGACUUGGAGAAACACAUGCGUCAUCGACUCUCGUCGAGGCGUAGCCCUGGUAGCUCCCGCGCCGGCUCCGGAUCGGGCUCGCCUCAUCGUGUCCACUUUGACGAACACGCAUCCCCCGCAACACAUGGUGCUAGUGCAGAGUCGCUUGUGGAACCUGUCAACUGGGUUGGCAGUGGAAGCACCGCAGUCAGCAGCCCCAGACAGCGUGGACUGCAGAUGGACAACGUUCUGACAACAUCCCCGACCACCACGGCUUGCAACACGCCUCGCAACUCGAUCUUUGGCGGCGAAUCGGCUUCGCUACCUCUCCUCAACGGCAAGACGUUCGCACUCUGGAGCGAGCAUACCCGCGAGAAUCACGUUGCCUCGCCACAAGAUGGGCUCAAGGACGGCAUGCCUUUGCCCACCAAGAUGCGCUCUGGCCGUCUGGACACGGUUCGCACCAUCGCGAGGUACACGCGUGUGGUAGCGGCUCGCUCGCUUCCCAUCCUGGCGUUUGCGACCUCGUACACAGGACUGGCUGUGUACACGGGCUCGUGCCGCGGAGGCUACAAGAACGUUUGCCUCGCUCACGGCAUCAAGGGCGGUAUCUUCUUCUGGUUUGGUCUGCUCACGUUUGGACGCUACCUCGGCGCCUAUGCCGACUGCGGAUGGGCGUGGAACAAGCGACCCAGUGCCCAAGCGGUGAGCGCAGGACGUGGACUGGCAGCGUGGCGACGAAGCAUGCCCAGCGCCGAGUUUGUCGAGUGUCUUGUCAUUUUUGUCUAUGGAGCUAGCAACACGUGGAUGGAACGCUUUGGCGCUGCUCCGGGCGAUCCCUACACGAUCAAGCAGAUCCAGCACAUCUCGAUUGCCGUCAUGUUCUGGUUCGCAGGCUUGAUGGGAAUGCUGCUCGAGACCAAGACGAUCCGCAACAUGCUGUCGUUCCCGAUCGCCUAUCACCAUGUCGCGGCUGUUCCUCUGCGCGAGGCUCGACGACGUCGAAGGGGUCAUUCCCGCCGUAGCGGGGAGCAGCUAUCGCGACGUGGCCAUGGCGAGGCUGCAGCAGAUGCCGACCUGGACAUGCUGGUGGAAGCGCAGACGCAGCCAGCAUCGUACUCGGCGUCCUUCAACCCUUUCCCGGCACUCGUAAUUGGCGUGACCGGCGUGGCGAUGGCAGCCCACCACCAAGACUACCAGUACGAAGUAGAGAUUCACAUGCUUUGGGGCCAGCUGCUAGCAGGAUUUGCGCUGCUGCGAUGCCUCACGUACUUCUUGCUGUGGCUGCGCCCGCCGACGGCGUCGGUUCUGCCCUCUCGUCCGCCUACCGAAGCGUUGGCUGCCUUCUCGCUGUGCUGCGGCGGGCUCGUGUUUAUGCUGAGCAGCGAGGAGGUGUCCUUCGCAGCGAUGCGUAGCGGCUACGGUGACUUUAUGGCGAUCCUCAACGUCGCCGUUGCGGUGGUAGCGCUGUUGUUCUGCUGGACGACCGCGCUGAUGAUGCUCAAGGGCUGGGCGGUGCGUCGCGAGGUAAGGCGUACUCUGACGGAGCAGCAAGAGGCGAACGAGCCGGUGAGAUCUAGCUCGAACGCCUUGCAACUCGAUGUAUCGCACGCUGCAGCAGCUACAGCUGCUGAUGAAGAGGAGGAGGAUGAGGAGAGGGAGCGAGUACCACGGCACAUGCGCGCCAAUGUUGUGCCGGGCAACUCGCAGACAAUCGAGACUUCUCCUGUGUUUGUGCUGGACGAUGACGACGAUGACGACGAGACUGGCGCUGCCACCCACGAUACCUUCAAAUGA